ACUCUAAUCGCAGGCCGCAAUUUACGUGUUUCCAUCUUAACGCUGUAUUUAACGCACGCAAGCUUACAGCCGUAAUAAUUUGAAAGGAAAGGCUCAAAGUAUUUGGCACCAUGCGAAUUGAACCUGGGGAUUCGUUUUGGCUGGAAAAGGAGGUGUUUUCCAGCGCAGAAAGGCAGUACUUUGAGACGGUCAGUCGGCGGAAAACCAGUCUUCCUGACCCCACCGCCCCGAAAGAACCCGUCUGCGCGCCCAACAUAGCCGCCCCGGCAAAGAAGGCCAAAAAGAAAAAUAAGACGAUGGCCGAGAAGGAGCCAAACAAACUGCUUUACAUGAAUCCCCUUACCAUGGAGGCAAACUUCUUUCUGGAAACCCUAAACGCAGUGAACCAGAAGGCCAAUCCGCCUCAGCUGGAUCCGCACCUGGCCAAGCUGCUGGAGCGUAUUAUGGUGGGCAUCGAGAACUACAUGGACAGGAAUCCCACAUACGUUAUGCCUCAGGAAAUGGCCGCACCGGGUGAGGGCGUGGCCUUUGUUCAGCCCAAGGACCUGCAGACAAUUAAGCGCACAUUCAACUGUAGUGCCUGCUGUAACCGGCUUGUGGGCACCACCAUCGCGAAGGCUGUGGCCCACCUUUCGGAACAGCAUCCAAACCCCAAUCCCAACAAUCAGCUAAUCCAACAGCAACCGGCGCAUCAGACCAAACAGGAGAGAAAGCAGGCGCAAGUGAAGGCUCGUCAGCAUAUGACAGUGCAGCUGCCCAAGAAGGCCAAGGCAAUGAUUGUGGGAGAGAUCACGAAUGUGUUCAAGGACAAAUACCCAAUAGCGGACAAGCUAAAGGUGAUUCCCGAGUACGACAUUAUCGAACAGGACCUGUGCAAGCUUUUGUCGCCGGGCUUUCCCAAACAACCACUGCGAGUCUACAAGUUUGGCUCCCGCAUCACCGGCAUCGGAAAUCGGUCCUCCGACCUGGACGUCUUUGUUGACAUCGGCAACACAUUUCACACGUUCGAGCAUCGAGCUUCCAAUGCUACCAUCGCCAAGCUGCGGGCUAUGAGGAAGUUCUUCUGCGUCAGCGACGAUUGGCGCCUUAUUAAUUUCAUUGAACAGGCUCGCGUGCCCAUCAUCAAGACCUGCCAUUUGCCCACAGGCAUCGAGUGCGACAUUUGCCUGAACAGCUUGGGCUUUUGCAAUACAAAUCUGCUCAAAUACAUAUUCGAGUCACAACCACUGACUCAAUAUAUGUGCAUAUAUGUAAAGAACUGGCUGGAGCGAUGCAAGCUUACUGAACAAAUAUCGACGUACAGCAUUACACUGAUGGUGAUUUACUUCCUGCAGCUCCAGGCCCUGCUGCCUCCCAUCGCCAUGCUGCAGAUGGAGGAACCAGCCAAUCAGGGCGUACUUGUAGGACCGUGGGUUGUCAACUUUGCACAAAAGUCGUUUAGCGAGCUCGGACUGCAGCAAUUACAGGCGACUGUCCCCGUUGUAAAGGGCUUCCUUCGAAACUUCUUUUUGUAUUUUGCCAAGUUCGACUACGAGCAUUUCUUAGUCUGCCCAUAUUUCGGUCAGCCGAAUGUCGAGAUCCAGAAGUUCGAGAAGAUGCUGCAUGCUAGGUAUUCAGCAUAUGUGUCGGAGAACCCUGACUGCUCGCUCCAGCUGAAAAAACCGAUGGUGGUACAGGAUCCCAUACAACUUAACCACAAUGUGACGAAAGCUGUGACCAAAUUUGGACUGCAGACGUUUGUAGACUACUGCCUGCAGACGGCGGAGCUGCUUGAGGACCCUUCCACCAAUUGGCGUCAGCGCAAUACAUAAUCCAGAAAAUCCCCCUGAUCAAGCGGUUCCUCCAUCCAAUCUCAAGGCACCUUCGUCGUUGGUCUGUUAGCCAUCUACCUUGUGAGCGCGGCAUACCCAUGUAGGUUUGUUCAGACUGUAAAUUAAAGGCGGUUGGCACGUCUCGACAAUAUACAACACACAAAGUAUAA